CUGGCAUGCAGCGUGUCUCCAGAGAGCAAAAAUAGCAGCACAGUCAUGCAGCCCAGCUAAAAGCAGAUAUGGCUCUAAGGAAUGGCUCACUCACUGACCCUGUAAACAAGCGGGCAAAGCGGAACUCGAAGGGCGACAUAUUGCACCUCUAGGAGUGAGGAUCAUGAGGGAUGACACCAUGCAGAAUGUUCCCUUUUAUGACCUCUCCGUAAUCCGGAACCUGUGGGAGGGCCGAGUGAGGAAGUACAGGCAGAGGCAACGGAAGGAGCAGGAGAGGAUCGAGAAGAGUGCUCUGGCAAAAGUCAACCAAGAAUGGCAAUAUCGCAUAGCAUGCAAGUCCAUGAAACCCCCUGAGAUCUCAGCACUUCAGCAAUACCUGCAGAGAUCCGACGGGAUUUCCAAUCUUCAGUUAUACCAGGACACUUUUGAAGAAGAAUCUGACCAGAAGGUUGAGGUUGAAGAGAAGAGGUACAUUUUUGAACUUAAUGGAGAAUCAUGGACGGAGCUGCCAGACUACAUUCGGGAGAUGACCUAUCUACAGGAAUGGCACAUUAGAGGGACCAACAUUCACAAGAUCCCAGCUUAUAUUGAGGAAUUCCAGGAGCUUCGUGUCCUAGAGCUCCCCAGGAAUGGCAUUGAAGAGCUGCCAGUGGUGCUUGGCAAACUGAGUAACCUGAGAGAGCUAAAUGUCAGCUAUAACAAGCUGUCAAACAUCCCCCCAGAACUGGGGGACUGCGAGAACCUGGAGAAACUGGAAUUAAUUGCUAACCUGGACCUCAAGGAACUACCUUUUGAGCUCAGCAAUCUGAAGAAGCUGACAUAUUUGGAUAUAUCAGGUAAUAACUUCUGUAGCGUGCCUGUCUGUGUGCUCCGCAUGUCCAGCCUGCAGUGGCUGGACCUCAGUAACAACCUCCUGACUGACCUGCCAGAGGACAUCGACAGGUUAGAAGAACUGAGCUCACUCUUCCUACAUAAGAACACGUUGACGUACCUGCCAAUGUCUCUGGCUAAUGUAGCUUCUCUCAGGAUGAUAGUGGUCAGCGGGGAUCAGCUGACAUGCUACCCCUCACGGCUUUCGGAGAACCCUGCCAUUAAAUUUAUCAACCUUUAUGACAAUCCCGUUGAUUCUAACGAGGCCGACAAGCAGAAACCACGACCGAAGGACGACGAGCAGCAACACGAGAAGGACUUCAUGCAGACUUACAUCGAAACCCUGAAGGAGAGAGAAACGACGCCGCAGUAUACUACCAAGGUGUCCCUGAGCUGCCAUCUAUAAUGCGUAUCUAUGGAAAGCUGAGGAUGAUGGGAGAUUGGUAUGACACCUGUGUCCACUUUUUACAGUCAGACUGCAGAAAUUAGCAUAUGUGCACUAAUGCAUUGUUAUAAAAUAGACAUCCUGUAAUUAUAAAUGCCAUUAAAUUAAUAUUAACACAGAACUUUUUGAAAAAUGUAUUGGACAUGUAAAGGUUUUUAUAAAGUAAAAUGUAUUUUUGUUUGAUGAAAAACCAAUAUGCAAUUAGAUGUAUGAUGCAUAUCAGUUCAGUACUUGAAUUCCUUACUUAUCUGGCACAGUUAGACAAAACGGGAUAUUUAAACAUUUAAACUAUUUUAAAGCUGAGUAAAGUCCAAUGAAAAUUGGGCCUCAAAGAGCACAAUUAUAGAUAUAGGACUAAACAGUCUCACCAUCACCCUGAAAAGGGGACAAGAUGCGUAAAAUCAGCUGUAUGUGAACCAUACAUCUAGAUUACGGCUCCUGAAAACCAGUCACGCAUUUAUAUAGGAUGAGUGAACAGAUAAAUGGUGUAGGGAGUGUGUCAGUCAAAUAUCCACAGCUGUUAAAUUAAGCACUAUUAAAGGCUUAUUGACUGGUAUUUUAAAGCAGGGAUGCUGUAAAAAGGCUGACAUUCCCAGUCACCACAAACUGCUUAGAAAUACCAUCUCUGCCAUUCCUCAGUCAGAUAGCAGACAGAUGCAGCUCUAUAGGAUCCUCACCUUAGCCACCUUAACAAUGUGAAUGCAUCUGUUUCUGCAUUCCCCAAAGAGAGCAUGUAAGCAUUUUCUGAGAUGCUACUAUAGAAAAUUGCUCCCUAUUUGUAUAAAACCACCAUUCCGAAAGCCUUGGAAAAUUCAGUCAAUGAUUUAUUUCAUGUCUCCAAAAUGACUCAGUUUCUGGUUUUAACUAAACUCUUCAACUUUGACCAGCGAUUAUAUAGCAAACCAUGUUAAUACAUCACUCAUGAUCUUCUGGGGCUAUGAUUCAUUUAAGCUUUAUAAUAACAUAUAUAGCUAUGCUGGAUUUACAGAAUUUGCAGCAUUUCCUAUCGGUUUCUGAAAAUGAAGUUGUAAAACAUUUGUAAAAAGAUUUAUAGCAGAGCACUAGCAGAGCAAGUGCAUCAUGAAGGGACGUCUAAACAGAGAGAAAUACUAAAUGUUUGAGGCAGUUGCUGUUUUGAUGUGACCAAAUGUUGGUUGAUGUGUAAUAGUGAAAUGUUUUACUCACCAGGCUUGUUUUUACAACACGAACAUUAUAUUUGAAUGCCUGAGUGUGUAGUUACAGAAAUUCUUUGUGUAGCUUGCGAGUUUUUGUUUUUUUUAAUUAUAACGUGAUCUAAUACAUUUUGCACCACUUUUCUGUAAUUUUUCUGUGUUUUAUUUUUGAAAAUAAAAUCGCACAUUUUUGCUUACCUUAAA